AUGAAGCCACAAUCCCAAUCCAGUGCCGAUUCCACAAAGGAUUCUAUCUCAAACGACUCCCAACCACAAUCUCAACAAGAAUCACAUUCUACCCACCACCAAUCUCAACAACAUCACCAAUCCAAUAAAAAGAAAUUUGAAGUUCCAAGAAGAGAAGCAAUUGUUGACUUAUCAAAAUAUAAGGACUCGAAAGUUCGUGUAAAAUUAAUGGGUGGCCGUCUAGUUAUCGGUAUCCUAAAAGGUUAUGACCAAUUGAUGAAUCUGGUUUUAGACGAGACUAUUGAAUACAUUAGAGACCCUACUGAUCCAUAUGUAAUCCAAAAAGAUAAAACCAGAAAUCUAGGUCUAGCAGUUAUCAGGGGUAAUGUUCUACUAACCUUAAGUCCGGUUGAUGGUUCUGAAAUCAUAUACAUGCAAACUAGCGAUUAA